AUGGCUGACUCCGCUUCAGCUGCGCUGAUGGACGAUUUUCUGCAGGCUCUGGAUACAGAGCUUGGCUCUCAGCCAGUCAUCAGUACACUGGACAUUACUGGAAAUCCAGCGUAUGCGACGAAGUUCGGCGGCCAUGACAAGAUCGUUGGACUGGUCAAGUCUCUACAAGCGAAUGAAUACAUUCUCGGAGAGCAGGCCGAGAAAUCCGUAUGGAAUCUAACAGGCGAAGGCCAGUUGUAUGCAAAGGAGGGAUCUCCUGAGUUCCGCCUUGUCAUGUGGAUGAAGGACCACGGAAACGAAGAGGGCGGCGUAGACAUGGCUGUUGUCAAAGCGGGCUUCGGUUCCGAGGCGGACGUGGCUGUUAGCAACGCGAUGAAGAUGCGGUGGCUGCAGAUCGACAAGGCCACAAAGCUCCUCUCUAUUAAGCAGGCUCCCCAGUCAGACAACGUUAAAGUUUUGCUCGAUGCGGUUCAAGCACAACAACAUGCCUCUGCUGGUGCCGAUCAGGACGACGAGGCUGUCCUGUUCAAGCGCCUCUUGGACCUUGCAGCGCCGUCGACUCCAGAGAAGACGCUCCAGGCAAGAACACAUGAAAACGAACUGAAAAAGCGCAAGUUGGUGGAACUGAAGAAGGUGAAGUACAUUAAGCUUCAAAAAGGCCCCAAGUUCUCUCUGCAAAUGAUGAAACCUGUUGCAGACUUGACAGCAGAACUUCUUAUUGGAGAUGAGUGGGAGCAAGCAAAUUUCAAAGAAUACAAUUUCUUCGCGUCAGGGAAGAAGAUUCGACGUGGCUCCGUCCACCCGCUGAUGCAGGCGAUGAAGCAGUUCAAGCAUAUUCUGAUGUGCAUGGGCUUUGAAGAGAUGCCAACGAACCAAUAUGUAGAGUCGUCUUUCUGGUGUUUUGACUCCCUCUUCAUGCCUCAACAACAUCCGGCUCGAGAUGCACAGGACACCUUUUUUCUCCAGGCUCCGAAAUCCAGCGACUCGGAUAAGAUUCCGCGCAUGUAUUUCGACAGCGUGAGAGAGGUGCAUGAACACGGGGGCCACGGCUCUAUCGGAUGGCAGUACGAUUGGUCGGUAGAUGAAACAAUGUCAAAUAUUCUGAGGACGCAUACGACCGCUACCUCUGCGCGCAUGCUGUACAAACUCGCUCAAGAGUUCAAGAAGAGUGGCGUCUUCCGCCCCCGCAAGUUCUUCUCCAUUGAUCGGGUGUUUCGAAAUGAAACGCUCGACGCUACUCAUCUUGCAGAGUUUCAUCAGGUAGAGGGCCUGGUUGCGGAUCGUGGCCUGACUAUUGGACACCUUAUGGGGGUGAUGGAAACAUUCUACAAACAGAUUGGCAUAGAGCAGCUCAAGUUUAAGCCCGCGUACAACCCUUACACAGAGCCUUCGAUGGAGAUUUUUGGUUAUCACCCAGGACUCAAAAGAUGGAUAGAAGUCGGUAACAGCGGAAUUUUCCGGCCCGAGAUGCUGCUUCCCAUGGGCCUUCCUGAAGACGUGACUGUUAUUGCGUGGGGCCUAAGUCUAGAGAGGCCCACAAUGAUUCGCUAUGGAAUAUCCAAUAUUCGACAGCUUAUUGGUCAUCGGGCAAUGUUAGGACUCGCAUAA